AUGGAAACAUUUACGCGAUCAAUAAGGAAUCAUCGUGGUAUCAUCGAAUCAAACAAUUUGUUCACAGAGGAAAGUCUAUUACUGUGCAUUCAACGAACUGCUUAUCGUAAGCAACAACAGCAACUGCAACAACAACAACAACAACAACUGCAACAACAACAACAACAACAACUGCAACAACAACAACAACGACGAGGACAGAUAGAAUCCUCACGGAUGGUUGACGCAUUACUGAUGCAGCAACAGCAAUCUCGAAGUGGAAGUAAUGGUAAGUUUGCUAUUCAAGAUUGUUGGAAAUAG